AUGGCUCGGAAUCGUGGGGGCAGACCAACCCUCAGUCAGGGCUUAGACCGUGAGGUCUACCAGGUCGUGCGCAAACUUAUUGACGAUCAACCCGAGACCAAUCGCAUUCGUCUUUCCGCUCCGGCAGUUUAUGAACAAAUCAAAAAGUCGAAUUCGAGUUUAAACCGCAGACCGAAAAGACAACUAGAAGACAGUCUGGAGCGUGUUCUGGAAGUUGUCAAGGCCGAUCUAGGCGGAGACGAUGAGGAGGACUCGGUGGAGGGUGAUUUCGAGGGCCUGGAAGAGCCGCCUGUAGUGGAAGCCAAUGGCGUUAACCAGAGCAUUAUCGGCAUGUGGAAUACCCCGAAGGCUGCUCCAGCCAAGAAAUCCGAGCCGGCAGCCACAUCCUCAAAGAGAAGAAAAGAGGGAGGAGAAUCGGCGCCCAAGAGACGCAAAGCCGAUACAACCAUCGACCGAUCCCCUCCUACACAUGUCAGUUUGGCGGACUUGGGUGGAUUGGACGAAGUGGUGCAGGAAUUGGGUGAUAUGGUGAUCCUGCCAAUGACCCGGCCCCAGGUCUACAUCUCAUCAAAUGUACAACCGCCGCGCGGAGUCUUGUUACACGGUCCCCCGGGUUGUGGUAAGACUAUGAUUGCCAACGCAUUUGCGGCGGAGUUAGGGGUGCCUUUCAUCUCGAUUUCCGCUCCCUCUAUUGUGUCCGGUAUGUCGGGUGAAUCUGAGAAAGCUCUCCGUGAGCACUUCGAUGAAGCGAAGCGGAUCGCUCCUUGUCUGAUUUUCAUUGAUGAAAUCGACGCUAUCACACCAAAGCGAGAGAGCGCUCAAAGGGAAAUGGAGAAAAGAAUUGUUGCUCAACUUUUGACCUGCAUGGACGAUAUCUCUCUUGAGAAGACGGAUGGAAAACCCGUGAUUGUUCUGGCGGCGACUAACCGCCCAGACAGUUUGGAUGCAGCAUUGCGUCGUGGUGGUCGCUUCGACAAGGAAAUUAAUAUGACUGUUCCCUCGGAGCCAGUCAGAGAGCAAAUUCUUCGGGCAUUGACCCGAAAGUUGCAGCUGGCUGAUGAUCUUGACUUCAAGACAUUGGCUAAGAGAACCCCUGGUUUCGUCGGAGCGGAUCUGAACGACCUUGUCUCCACCGCAGGCGCCGCUGCUAUCAAGCGGUAUCUGGAUAUCCUCAAGUCCAACAGUGGCGAAGAGAUGGAAAUCGAAGGGGAAGACGACCUUAGCCCCAAGGUACGAGAACUACGCCGUCUCAUCACACACGCCCGAGAGAACCCUAUUGGCGACGAGACGGAAACCGUCCUCGUCUCUAAUGCCGACUUUUUAACCGCCCUCCCUAAGAUCCAACCCUCCUCCAAGCGUGAAGGCUUCGCCACUAUUCCCGACACCACUUGGGCCGAUAUUGGUGCCCUUGGCGGUGUCCGCGAUGAGCUUUCUACUGCCAUCGUUGAGCCUAUCAGAUCCCCAGAUAUCUACGAAAAGGUCGGUAUCACUGCGCCUACAGGUGUUCUCCUCUGGGGUCCCCCUGGUUGUGGUAAGACACUACUGGCCAAGGCCGUGGCCAACGAGUCGCGCGCAAACUUCAUCAGCGUCAAGGGUCCUGAGCUGCUGAACAAGUUCGUCGGUGAAUCUGAACGUGCCGUGCGCCAGGUUUUCGUCCGCGCACGCUCUUCCGUUCCCUGUGUCAUCUUCUUCGAUGAGUUGGAUGCCCUUGUACCGCGUCGUGACGAUACUCUUUCCGAGGCCUCGGCACGUGUCGUCAAUACCCUCCUUACUGAGCUGGAUGGCCUAGGCACUCGCCAGGGUAUCUAUGUCAUCGCGGCCACCAACCGUCCCGACAUUAUUGACCCGGCCAUGCUCCGUCCUGGCCGUCUUGAGACCCUGCUCUUCGUUAACCUCCCCACGGCACUUGAACGUGUCGACAUCCUGCAGACUCUUAUCCGCAAACUGCCUAUUGAGUUCUCUGACGAGCUGCGGACACUCGCGGAGGAGUGCGAGGGCUUCAGCGGUGCGGAUCUGGGAAGUUUGUUGCGUCGCGCUGGUUACAUGGCUAUCAAGCGUCGUGAUAGCAUUCGUAUCGAAGACUUCAGGUCCGCGAAGACUUUCGUUCGGCCCAGUGUUACAGACAUGAAGAAGUACGAAAAGUUACGGAGAGACUGGAGCGGUGGUGUGAUUUGA